UGAGGGCGCGCCGUCGCUCGUUUUCCCCACGCAGGCGCAACAAAACGGUGGCCAUGGCGGAUCCGGGUUGGAGUACUGACACUGGGGAGGCCGUGUAUCGUUCCCGGGACCCCGUGCGCAACUUUCGGCUCCGAGUUCAUCUCCAGAGAAUCACCUCAAGCAGCCUCCUCCUCAGCCAGUCUGCUUCCCUACUGUCAAAUGACCUUAUUGACUUGGCCACCUUUGACCCACAAACAUCAGCCAGUGGGCACCGGAGAGAUGAAGAGGAUGAAGAAGAGGCGGUGAUUAGUUGGCAGGAGAAAUUAUUUAGUCAGUUUGAGGUGGACCUGUUCCAGAAUGAGACAGCCUGUCAAAGCCCACUGGACCACCAAUAUCGCCAGGAGAUCUUGAAGCUGGAGGCUUCUGGGGGCAGGAAGAAUCGCCGGAUCUUCACCUACACUGAUUCUGAUCGCUACACCAACUUGGAGGAGCACUGUCAGAAAAUGACCAACUCAGAGACUGAGGUCCCCUCAUUCCUGGUAGAGCGGAUGGCAAAUGUCAGGCGUCGACGUCAGGACCGACGAGGGCUGGAAGGUAGUGUAGUCAAGUCCCGAAUUAUCACCUGGGAACCAUCAGAAGAAUUCAUUAGGAGCAACCAUGUCAUCAACACACCGCUUCAGACUAUGUACAUCAUGGCAGACCUGGGACCCUAUGGAAAGCUUGGUCAGAGGGAAUAUGAACAAGUCCUCUGUACUCUGAAAGUGGACAGCAAUGGAGUGAUCACAGUAAAACCAGAUUUCACAGACAACAAGGGGCCUUACAGAAUUGUAAUGGAGGGGGAGAAGCAGGAGCUGUGGAAGUACACGAUUAGCGACGCGUCCUUACCUGCACAGCGAGAGGAAGAAGAGCGGGAACAGCGUGUGUUCAAGGAUCUCUAUGGCCGGCACAAGGAAUACCUCAGCAGCCUUGUGGGUUCUGAUUUUGAGAUGGCGGUUCCUGGCUCCCUUCGGCUCUUUGUGAAUGGGGAGGUAGUUUCAGCCCAAGGCUAUGAAUAUGACAAUCUCUAUGUGCACUUCUUUGUGGAGUUGCCUGAUUACUGGACAAGUCCAUCAUAUCACCAGCUCAUGGGAGUGACACAGACUUGUGUUACCAAGUCCGUAGGAAUGGAUGAAGUGGCCUAUUUCUCUUACCCUUUCACGUUUGAGGCGUCAUUCUUCCAUGACAAAAAUGUUCCUGAGGACCUCCCUCAGUGGCCUGUGCUGUACUUGGAGGUCAUCUCACUAGAUUUCUGGCAGAGAUACCGAGUGGAGGGCUAUGGGUCCAUAGUGUUGCCCUCAGUACCAGGGUCUCACACUGUGAAAACCUCAACGUGGAGGCCGGUGGAGUUAGGGACUCUGGCAGAACUGAGGAGGUUUUUCAUCGGGGGCUCCCUGGAAUUGGAAGACCUGUCAUAUGUGCGAAUACCAGGGACCUUCAAGGGGGACCGUCUGAGCCGCUUUGGGUUCCGCACGGAGACAACAGGCAGCGUCACCUUCCGCUUUCACUGCCUCCAGCAGUCCAGGGCCUUUUUGGACUCCGGCAUCAGUUGGAAGACAAUGCAGAAUGUGUUAGACCGCAUGGGAGGAUUCGGCCAGGAAAACACCAUUUUUAAUGUGCUGGAGGCCUUCCAUCGAGCCCGGCGGCGCAUGCAGGAGGCCCGGGAAAACCUCCCUCAGGAUCUAGUGAGCUCCUCGCCGAUGACGUAGCCACCUCACCAGUAGCAGCCCCAGCCACGAUGCUUCCUAAGGCCAGGGCUGCCUCUCCUCUAUCCUCCUUUCCUGCCAUGGACCAUGGUCAGCUGCUCCUUGAGAAUCAAGAAUAGCCACUCCAAAGCCUCUGAGACUAUGGACUGCCCUUCAGCUCACGCUCAGCCUUUCAUCCACGUCUGGGUUCUGUUAUGGCAGAUUCCAGCAAGGCCAGUGCUCGCUGGGAUGAGGGACACACAGGCAGAGGGACUGUCACAGACUUUGUCCCUCCAGGGAGCCUCGGACUUGCCUGCAGCAGGCAGGGCAACAGAUGAGGUGUUUGGUCAUUCCACGACCUCACAAGGGAAGCCAGAAAGAAAAGGUAAAAUGUUCUGGCUCUCUCAAAACCAUCUGCCUCAGGCAGAUUGUGUGUGUGGAGGUGGGAGGGGGUCUGUGUAUGUGCAUAGAUGGUGGCCUGAGUUUGUCUGUGAGGCUAUGCAUGGGUUUGUCUCUUAUCUGCCCCAUCUGACCUAACCCUUAUGCAUAGUUGAGUGCAGGGGGUUUUGCUUUUAGGUUCUAAUCAUAAAACUUGCUUUUACACCUC